AUGUGGAAAGUUAGAAAUAACGCACCAUUGAAUACUAACAAGGUUUCCAUUAGGACACCACUCUCUGGAGGACAAAAUGCAGAGCAAAAACAGCUUGCACUCCUUUCAAAACAAAUACCUAGAGGAAAUAAUGUUGUUGGAAGAGGUGGAGGAAUACAAUUUCGUGGAGAAUCAUCUUCGGAUUCUGAUGAAGAAAUUACUUACAAACCAACAAAAUUUUCCAAAAUUUAUGGAAAGCAACAACAAGAUUCACAAUCAUUCUAUGAGGAUUCACAAAAUGAAGAUAAUGCAAACAAGACUGGAAUUGAUGUGAGUCCAGAGGAAAGCAAUGCUGUCUUGUCUGCUGUUUUUGAUAAGAAGAAAUCUUCCUCAUCUUCUAUGAGAGAAAGUCAAGAUGAUGAAGUUAAUAUGAGUUUACCGAUUGGAAAGAAGAAACAACCAACACCUAAGAAAAAUUCCAAAGUAGUAGAGGAUGAAGUGAUUAGUGACGAUGAUUUUGAUAAAUAUUUCGAUGAACCAAGUGUUUCACUUAGUCUAAACAAAUCAUCCAACAAAUCUAACAAGAAAAAGAAGGGAUCAACCUCACCAAAAAAGAGAAAAAUUACAAAGAAAUCAAUUCCAGAAAAAAUUUCAGGAAUUUAUUAUUCUUCAUCAGAUGAGGAUAAUGAUAUGAAUUACGAUGAGGAAUCUCAAACCAAAUCUACAACAUCUUCUCAAAUGUCACAACCAUUGAACAAAGGAAUAAUUCCAUCUCUAGAGAAGACUAUUGUUCCUCCUUCUUUCUCGUAUAAUUCAUCUGCCAGUACAAGAAAAUCUUCAUCACACUAUUAUAGUUCUACACCUCACAAAACACCAACUCAAAAAAGAAAAUCUCAAAAUAAUUCAAUAUCCUAUCAUAUACCAAAGGAAAUUGAAAAAGAUGACGAUAUUGACGAUUUUUCAGAUGAAGAAACAAAUCCAACUAUUCCAGUACCAACAAUGGCUGUAUUGAGUGGAGUGAAUGCAGCACUAUUUGCAAGUGCACCUCAAGCUACACUUAAUAAUUCUGCACUCAUUUCAACUUAUUUAACACAACAAAAACAAGUGAUGAAUAAUAGGACAUCUUCAAAACCAACAAUUGAUAUUGAUGAUUUAAUUGUUACUGAUAGUGAAGAGGAAGAUACUACAACAAUGAAUAAUAGAGACAAACAAUUCAGUCAAAUGGUUUCUGCCAUUAAUUAUUCAACCCCUCAACAAAUUCAAAAAAGUGCUCCUCCACCACAACAACCUAAACAAAUAUCCCCACCAAAGAAUAAUAAUAUCGUUAUAUCAGGAGAAGAUGGAUUUGAUUUGGAAACUAGACUAAAGGGAAUUAAGAAAAAAGUUGGAAAUCCAAGAGAAAGUGAGGUUGAAAAUUUACUCUUCUCCAACAGAAAAUCCAAAGUAGUAGCUGACGAGGAUAUUGAAGAUGAUGUCAUGACUGAAAAUAACACUGUAAAUGAUAAUAAUGUUGUUGGAGAAAGUUGGUUAGAUAAACUCAGAAAAUCAAAGGCACCACCAGUGGCUGAACGUACAGUUUCUCUUUCUCAACAGUCAUCAUCAGGAAAUAGUACUGAUCAAUUCUUUUCACAAUGGGAACAUUUAAAGAAGAUUCUAACUGUAAAAUCAUCAGGUAGAUUUGUUUCUAAACUUAUUAGAGCAGUUAAUGGAUGCUUGAAUGAAAAAGUAUUUGCCAAUAUUGGUUCUGGUAUGACUUUAUCACAACCUAACUCCCCAAAAGACAGUAUGGUUUUGAAAAUUCUAGUUUUCAGUUCUUCACCACAAAUUUAUCCGAAUCUGUCUCUAUGUAUUUGUAAAAUGUUAAAAAGACCUACCCAACCUCACGAUAAUGAAAUACUUCAAAAAAAUUUGGAAGAAAAUGAUUUCUUUGAUGUAUUCCUCUUAAGAGAAAUGAGAGACAAGUGGAAUUUAGAACCUGGAAGUAUUAUUGAAAUUGCAACAAAUUUAUUCCACAUUACACCAUCUAGCGAUCCCCAUGAUUCAAAUAGUGAUUGGAUUUUCAGACCAAGACCUGUAAUAUCCUACGUUUUUGAAAUGAAAUGUAAUUCUCAAUCUUCAGAUGUUAACGAGUUGAAACAAGAUAUUGAACAACUAGAGUCAAAAUUUACAUUCCCAAUGCUUUCUAAAGAUUCCAAUGAGGAUAAUAUGGACUUGACAGGUGAUGAUAAUGCAACACCUUCAACUCCUCCAAGAACUUCCCAAGGUAUUAGAUCAACUCCAACCCAUGUCAGACAUAAGAAUAUUAUCAACACUCCAAGAAGAAGAAUUGACUUUUCAUCCCAAAGUGAACAGGAUUAUGAAAGAAAUUAUCAUUUAAUUUCCAGAAUUUCAAAUGGUCCUUUCACAAAGAAGUUUGAAAUCAUUUACAAACAACUUCAUUCAGCCUUCUUCCCAUCUUAUUAUGUUAACAUUCAGGGAGUAAUACAACGUGUUUGGAGUUAUGAUUAUAUUAGACAAACAUUGGAAAGCUCUUUUAAUGAGAUUUACAAUAGAAUUCCUCAACUUGCAAAUGAAUCAAACAUGUCCAACAGUGUUCUCAUUCAAUGUUCCAAAUCAAGAAGUCUUUGUGUAAUUUUACUCCCUUCAGGUAGUCAUGAAUAUGAUUAUUGGAAAUCAAUAUUUGACCCUAACAUUUCUCAAGGCAAAAUUUUCCAAUUUGAUGUUUGUUCAUUUAAGGAUAGAAUUUAUAUUGGACCAAAUGAUGAAUUAUAUUCCAUUGUUUCACCAAUGUAUCACACUGAACAUAAUCUUACAACUGAUUCCCAAUUGAGUAAUUAUUCUAAUUCAAGCGAAUUUACCAAUCCUCUCAUUCCUGUAUAUUUCUUUACCACAAACAAACAACACACCUCUUGUAAAUUUAUUCCUCCAGAAGAUAAUUUCAGUAUGGGCUCCGUCAUUGGUGUAGAUCCAAUUCCUGAAAAUAUUGCUCCUCAUUCUUCCUACAAACAUAGCUUGUAUUAUAAUUUCGAUCAACCAAUUUCUGGAGAUACUCAACAAUCUCAUGGAGGUGUUGAAGACGUAGUGAAUGAUGAAAAUAGCUCGAGAGUACACAGAUGUGACAUUGAGGGAAAGAUUAUUUAUAUAGCCGAAAAUAAUCAUGAUAAUACCACUAAGUUUUCCGUUUAUGUAUUACAGAAACAUUCUAAUAUCAUUUUACGAUUGGAUAGUCUAUUGUUAGAAACAUCCAUGCUAUUGGCUGUCGCAUAUGGUUUUAGUAGCAAUAGAACAAAUGUAACUAUUCACAAUAUAUUGGUAAAAAGAACUGAGGAUAUGCACGAGUCUACUCAAUUAAUAGCAGACAAAUUUUCAAUGAUUUAUCCUUCCACUAGUAGUGGAUUGGAACAAGCAAGUGAUGUGAAAUUCCCAUACAGCGUCAGAUUGAGAGUAGAAGAAGGAUUUUUAAAGAAAAAUGGAAGAAAGAUUCAAUCACAAUCCAUUCUCAAUUCUAUUAAUUAUGAGUUUACUUGCUUUGAGAAAAGUGUUGGAAAUGUGGAAGGAUAUAUUUCAGACAUUUUAGAAAUUGGAGAUCGUCCAACAGUUCCUGUUUGUCCACAUUGUCAAAAACAACUUACUUCAGAUUCAACCUGGUUUGUGGAUACAGAUCAAAUAUGUGGCCAUUGCAAUCAUAAAUUUACCAAACCAGAUCAUGACCUCCUAUUCCAAGUAAAGGUUGGAAAGCAUGUAACAUUGACUCUGGAUACAAGAGCUAUUCAGCAAAUAUUUGCCUACAAGAAAGGAGCAACAACAAAUAAGAAACUUCCAGUCACUGGCUCAGAAACUUUCAAACAAGCAAGGGAAUUAGUACUGGGUCACCACUUGAAAUUCUUGUGCUAUUGUGAAAAGGUGAACCAUGAUGAAUCGAGCAUCAAUUACAAAUUCAAAAUUAUUCACAACUAA